AACAAGAGGAACGAUAAAUGCUAUGCCCACAGAACAAAUGUACUUUGGAGGUGUUUGUUCAGGCGUAUAAAAAUCGCAAGUUUUUUUAGCAACGAACAUUGAUGGGUGUGUUGGCGACUUUCGCACACGAUGGUGGCCAUGAUCAAGGGCUGCACUUGUUAUCCGCUUCAAGCGUUCACGAUCUCGGUCGUGUCGACGCAGACGGGCACAGCAGCACGGUGUUCCGGGGACACAGAGCGCACUGGCACAGCUACGAACUACCAGACCCAUGGAUUGGCUCUCUCCACGACGGCGCGACGGGCGCAGUCGGCAUGUCGAGGAGUAAAGGUCCUCGUCGCGCCAGCAGGGCUGCGACUUCCUUCGUGUACUGCCCGACGUGCGAUCAGGCCAAAAUCGACGCACCGCACGACAUGCCGAUGCCUGGGUGCCUGGAAAAGGGCGAGAUUUGCCAGGGCGCAGAGUUGCCGGCGGCGAAAAAGUUCAUUCGUGGCAUCCACGACACGAUUGGAACCGCGCUCUUCGACGCGGCAAAAGCGCGGGGGCUGUUCGAGCGUCGGGCUUGCGAUUUCAAGAUUGCUGAGUCGCGCGGCCUCACGGCCAUGAUGGAAGAGUACGGGAAGGACGGGCGGAAGGGACCCGGGGGAAGCUACAUAUGGUACUUACUACGGUAGGGUAGAACAGGAAUAGAUUUAAGUCUUUUCGUGGAACUGCAGAGCUUCAUAUUUUGCAAGGAAGCGUAUCGUGCCUUGCCGGACCUUGUCAUGGAUCGAUCGUCUGUUCUUGACGCAAACCCAAACCUCUUAUAUCUCCUCCAGGUACCUCCUUCAGUAUCGACGGUCACUGGAAACGCUGCAGAAGUCCUGCGAGAAAUCCCACUCGUGCGCGCAGCUGGUGAACCAGCUUCAGGAGAAGGAGGAGCUUCGGCCCGGGGGGCGUUCGGAACUGCCGAUCAAGUUCCACCUCUGGAACGAGAUGUCAAAGGGCUGCGAUUUCUUUGACAAGAAGCGCCCGGUGCCCAACGACCAGGAAGCGUGGUGUAACCCGGCGGGACAGGACUGCGAGGUGAAAAGCUGUCGGCAGUGGUGGCGGAAACAGCACCCGAUGACUACGACCGCGGGCAAACUUGGUUGGCAGGACGACCACCCGGUGUACGGGCUGUUCCAAAAGUUUUGCCGGUAUCUCCGGAAGACCGAGCGGAUUGCGAAGCCGCUGGCGGAGCAGUGGGAGCAGGAGAAACAGAUCGAAACCGCGGAAAAAGCACGGGAGGCCCAAUGUAACCCCGCACGCAUCCUCGGGUUUUGCGAGGACCCGACCGAAGCGGGCAGCACUGCAAAAGUGAUGUGCAAGCUCCAGGGUGGCGGGUUCUGUCCAAACGGGAAGGUGGUGCCCGGAGGCAAGAUGGCGAUGGAUACGACGCUUUUUGGAAAAUGAUAAUUGAUUGUUGCGUGCAAACACUUGUUACGUAAUGUCGCUUCUGGACGAUAAAAAUAUGGUGUGACAAAGGAAGUCGAGCCUGCCUUGUUUCGAAAUGUAUGAUUUUUCCACAGAAAGCUGGUCGACCAAUGAACGAAACGUAGCAUGGGCACAUCAAGUCCCAGCAAUCCGAUUGUUGUGCCCGCGUCUGUAGGAAAGAGAACACGUUUCCGCUAUCGAACGAAAAAACAAAAUUUGUAUGUAUCACGGGGGCAUAGUAUAGGAGUUAUCAUUUGAG